CCGCCUACGGCUUCCAUUUCUGUUCUGGAACACACAAGACCUCGCGAAGAAUACACAUUUGCUUUUCUGAAUUUGUCUUCUAAUGUAAAUAGAGUAAUUAGUGCGACAUAUUGACGAAUAGAAACUUAUUUAUAUUUGGAUAAAUAGUGUUGUUGUUUUGUUCUGCUUAAGGACACGUUUGAGCUCCAGAAGAAGCGAGGCGGGCUUUUAUUCACCAUUUUAACUUUAGUGAGCGGCAUUUUCCGCCGUUUUUUUUUAUUGACCCCCUCCUCCCCCUCUCUCUCGCUCCCCCCGUGAGAGUCGCGGCCUGUAGUGCAGCCACGAGGCGCGUCGGACCACCGGGAAUCAGGCGAUGGCGGAGUUUGGUAACGGACUGGCAGAGGAAUCUCUGCUGGACUCAGACCCGGGACACUCAGAACUUGAAGACCCAGGCGUCGGCGAUGAAGAACCGGGAUUAGACGAGGGAGAGGCCGCUAUUGAUGAUCCGGAGCUGGAGGCAAUUAAAGCCCGGGUGAGAGAGAUGGAGGAGGAGGCAGAGAAACUGAAGGAGCUACAGAACGAGGUGGAGAAACAGAUGAAUCUCAGUCCUCCACCUGCUGGCCCUGUCAUUAUGUCCAUUGAAGAGAAGAUGGAAGCAGAUGGGAGAUCUAUUUAUGUUGGAAAUGUGGAUUAUGGUGCGACGGCAGAGGAGUUGGAGGCGCAUUUCCAUGGCUGUGGUUCCGUAAACAGAGUCACCAUCUUGUGUGACAAGUUUACAGGACACCCCAAAGGGUUUGCAUAUAUAGAGUUCGCAGACAAGGAGUCUGUUAGGACAGCCAUGGCACUGGAUGAGUCUUUAUUCAGAGGAAGGCAGAUUAAGGUUGGGGCCAAGAGAACAAAUCGUCCUGGCAUUAGCACCACAGACCGCGGUUUCCCUCGGGCCCGCUUCCGCUCACGGGGAGGAAACUUCUCAUCCCGGGCGCGCUACUACAGUGGCUACACACCCCCCAGAGGCAGGGGACGGGCCUUCAGGGGCCGAGGGCGAACAACAGCGUGGUACUCCCCUUACUAAUACCUCCCCACCCCCCCUAUGAAAUCCCCCCCUUACUAUCAUCCCAUAUCCCUAUAGAAAAGAAAAAAAAAAAAACCCUCUCAAAAAAGGAAGAAAAAAAAAGAAGAAAAAAAAGACAAAAAAAAAAGGAAAAAAAAAAAGAAAAGCAUCUCCUGGAAAGACAGACUGACUGGCAGCAGUGUGCGAUUGUGUGUGCGCGUGCGUGUGAGGAGGUGUUGCGAUCACCCUGGUAAGGUACAAUAUGGCCGUCGGGGAGAUUUGGUGGCAUUUGUUUAAAUUUGAGAAGAUGAUGAUGUAAUCUCAGGCUGCAGAUGUGUGUCCUUUGUCUGGCUGUGAUUUUUCUCUCAGCAAACAGCCCCUCUUAUGCUUGCACUCGAGAAAGGCAAACAGAAAAAAAAUGUUAACUUUUUUUCUUUUUUUUUUAUUUAUGAUUGUAACGUGAAUAUGUGAACAAUUUAAUAGCAAGAAUGUUGUUGAUGUUGUUUUCACAAAGUUGUUCUAUAUGAGAUCAUAUUCUCUAUUAUUUGGUCUGUGCUCUCUGGAAUCCCUUUUCCCCCUAGCACUGGUUUCUUUCCUGUUCAUCCCACUCGGAUUACUUCCUCCACCUGUGUUAUACCGACAGUGUUUUAGAGUUGGGCGUUGUUUUUACGUUUUACUGUUCUUGAAUCAUCUUCCACACCAUACGACUAUUAUAAGAUGGCAUGGCCUGAGCUCUGAGAUCUUUUCUUUUGUUAUAAAA